CUCUCUUCCAAUCUCACAGAUUGGUCCCUUUUGCUCUUCAGUAAAUCACUUGAAUUCUCGUGUUGGAUCCUUACGUCCUUGUGCCAAAAAAAAAAGAUCCUUACGUCCCUUGGCCUCCCAGAAAAUUUCUCAAAUUUCAAUUGAAACUCUCUGAUUUGCGUUGGAAGCUCCCAAUUCACUACUUUUAGGGUUUCUAGCCCUUUUUGGGAGGGUUUACGCUUAAGGCCUAAGGGUAUGAAUCAUCCGAACUCUUCUUACAGAAGCUUAAUUUCCGUUCGGCGUCAAAGUAAAUGACGAGUCACGGCGGAGAGAGGAUUCACACGGUACAGCCGGAGAGGGAUUUGGUGGCGAAUUGGGAAGUUGAUUUGUCGGAGAAGCUAGAAGAGUACCUCCUCAAGAUAUGUACCGGUGAAAUCACCGGUAACGAAGAUGAAGAUGGGCAGAUUCCUGUUAAUUUUGCCGAAGGUGCCUUUUGCUUCUUCGAUUCAGAAAUUUUAUUAUCAUUUGAUUUUUUUAGGGACGAUUUAAAUAAAAAAAAUAAAAAUUGGGUUUUUGAUUUUGUGUUGUGUUGUGUUGUCGUUGGGUCUGUAGCUGCUUUGUUGCUUCAGGGUUCGGUUCAGGUUUACAGCAAGAAAGUCGAGUACUUGUACAAUUUGGUCUUACGCACUUUGGAGUUUCUAUCCAAGCAAAGAGAGCAAGAAGAGUCCAAAAGUACAUCAAACGAGGCUGAGGCAAGCUCCUCUCGUCAAGUUGAUGAAGAAGAAAAUGAUCUCUUCUGGAACGUGGAUGAUAUCCCAGUUGAUCCAAAGAAUAGCUUGGUGGACAACUCGGUUGCAGGAGAUUCAUGUCCAAGUCAGUUUGUUAAGCCCCCAGCAAAUCUAGUUGUUCUUGAAGGUGACUGUUUGGAUACUAGUGGUGACGGAGGAGAACUGGAAUCCUAUCUGUUAGCAACAACACAUCUCUACCGGGAUUUUAUUCUAUUAGACCCAUGUGAUGCUGUAGCGGUAAAUGAUUUUUUAGGUGAUAGCUACGCUGGUAAAAGUAGGAACAGUGCUCGAAGAGGCAGCUCAGCUCGUAAAAGUUUUCACUCACCAGUAGGACGUUCUGGAGGAAGUGCUCGUAGAUCAUCUCUAGGAAAGAAUCAGGGCACCAGUUUCAACCAGUCACCAGUACUAUACGGGAAUGGUCCCGAUGCUCAAAACUGUGACCAAGAGUCUCAGCCUCCUGCUGCCUUUGGAGACAACGAUCAUGACUUUGACAUGGAUAAUAAUGACCAUGGAGGAGGAACCAUGGAUCUGAGUGAUACAGAUGCUGAUGAAGAUGAUCCGUGGAAGCCAUUGAAUCCUUAUGAACCAGGGAAGUUGAAAGUAAAGCCUUUUAAAAAAGUAAAAACUUUAAGAAAGUUCGGAGCGAGCCUUACCAAGGACCAUAUAACUUCCAUGUUUCCUCUUGCUAGACCCAACGGUCCCAUCAGGACAGAGCUCAGCGGAAUUUGGGAGAGGUGCCGUCCUUCAAGCAACAAUGAGAGAGAACCACAAGACAUUUCCUAUUAUGAGAAGCUUCGAGCAUUGCUUGUGAAUGGAGGAAACCAACCUACUGAUGGUAACGGCAAUCAUAAGGAUAACCAUGAUGAAGCUAACAACAAUGGCGACUUCCAUGAUUUUGGAGAGCAUGAUGAUCAUGAACAUGCGUUCAUGGAUGAGGAUGGUCCAGACAUGAAUGAUGGUGGAGCUGCAGAUUUCCCCAACCACGAUGGGUUUGGAAACGACGACGACGACUCGCAUUGUCAAGAAAGCUUGGAAGAUCUUUGUCGCUCACACCUGGAUGCUCUUCUUGCUAACAUAGCUAAAAGUGAGAAACAAACGGAUCUAGCUGCUCGUGUUUCAACGUGGAAACAAAAGAUCGAGCAAAACCUAGAAGAACAAGAGCUGCACCCUCCUUUUGACAUACAAGAAUAUGGAGAAAGGAUUGUCAACAAACUGGCUGUUGAAGAGAGCCGAGACGUUGAGACCUUUACUGAUCUCAUGAAAGAUCAAGAAAAGCACGAUGUAGCCCGGGCUUUCUCCGCGCUUCUCCAGUUGGUGAACAACGGAGACGUUGAGCUCGAGAAACCUGGGAACUCGGUAGGAGAACCAGUUUGUUAUACAGCGGUUAAUCCUUUCAGCGUUCGUUUACUCGGUGAUCGUAACAGAAAGACUGAGAAAGCUGCAAUUCAUUUACCCCGGAAACGAGCUAAUUCCCCCACAGCGAAAGGCAAAUCUCCAGAGUCACCACCAUCGAAGAAGGCAAACAACACAUGUUCUUCUGUCUCAAGCCAAGAGACUAGGAAAGUGUCCUUAAAGAUCUCAAAGAUCACCAGUGUUGGCAGCACUAAGUGCACAAGGAAGAGCAAGAAGAGAUGAAAAGAAGUUCGAUUCUGAUGAGGUAAUAGGCGAGAGGAAUUGUAAAGCUAAAAUGGCUAAUGACUCCACAAGUUAGAUUAUAGAUUUUAUCAGACAGUUAGGAAACUCUGUAACUGUGAGUUAUGUAUAAUGAAAGGCAUUGUCUGAAGCAGUAGUAUCAGCCUAUGCAGUUGUAGUAACAAUCAAAGUCCACUUUUGAUGAUCUUUUAACAUGUUAGAGAGGGUGAUUUUGGAAUUUCUCUAAGAUUUGGAUUGUAUUUCAUAAAGUGAUGUUCUUUUUAUCUCAAGGGAAUAAGAACCAUGUUCAAAAUUGUUGUU